UGCAGCUCUUCUACGGGCACAAUCGCACUGGAGCCAAAUGAGAGCAUGUCCCGGCUUACUUGAAAUCGCAGCGUCUGCAACGUUAUUGCUGCUGCUUCUCACACACACACACACACUCUGUUCAGAAAACGUUUCGAUAAUAAGAGUGAGAGAGACUGACUGUGGAUUUAUUAAUGGAGAGCCAGGGAUAACCUAUAUUUAAUACAUAGAUUGCCGGCGGGAGGACGACUAUAGUGUAGCUGACAUGAGUCUGGUUGGGGGGUUUCCUCACCACUCAGUGGUGCACCAUGACGGUUAUCCUUUUGCAGCUGCUGCAGCCGCCAGUCGCUGCCACGAAGAGAACCCUUAUUUCCACGGCUGGCUAAUCAGUCACCCCGAAAUGUCUCCCCCCGACUACAGCAUGGCACCGUCUUACAGCCCGGAGUACGCCAAUGGCGCGGCCGGCCUGGACCACUCCCAUUACGGGGGAGUCCCGGGAAGCGGCGCAGGAGGCUUAAUGCAACGGCCUGUAAAGCGAAGGGGGACCGCUAACCGCAAGGAAAGGCGCAGGACUCAAAGCAUCAACAGCGCCUUCUCAGAGCUGCGGGAUUGUAUCCCCAAUGUGCCAGCCGAUACCAAACUGUCAAAGAUCAAAACUCUGCGGCUGGCCACCAGCUAUAUAGCCUACCUCAUGGACCUGCUGGCCAAGGACGACCAGAAUGGGGAGACAGAGGCCUUUAAGGCAGACAUCAAAAAGACAGAUUUGAAGGAGGAGAAGAGGAAGAAAGAAAUGAACGAACUUUUGAAAAGCACAGUUUGCAGUAACGAUAAGAAAACCAAAGGAAGGACUGGUUGGCCGCAACAUGUCUGGGCUCUGGAGCUAAAACAGUGACCCUGGGGGAUGGGGGGAACCUUUAUGUAUCUGUACGUGUCCCUGAAAUAAUAACUCUGUAUUUGGAAUGGUCCAUUUUUAUUUAUGUGCAAUUGUCCCUCCUUCCAACGUGGAUUCCAGAAUACGAAGAGGAGUGUGCAGGUUGGUACAGGGUGUCAGGGGCUGUGUCUGUCUGUCGCAGUAUGUGAUUGUUACAGUAUUUCUCUGUCGCAAAACAAAGACUCCCUGGCUACUGUGUAUGUGAAGUUUAUCCGUCUCUUUACAAAACAAUAAUAAUAAUAAACAAAAAUGGCUUCGUUUUGGUUCGAAAUCGUCCUCGGAUGCUACAAAGUCAAUUCCUACAGAAACAGCUGCGACUUUUGUUUCGGUUAACCCUUCCAGUGCCACGGGCAGAAUUUUUCCCACUUUGUUUUUUUUGUUUUUUUUUUGCGUUCAAGAGGAAGGAUUUCAUGUUACCAGUUCAUUGAAGGUGUUUUCAUCGAAUUGUUUUGUGCACUUCUGUCCAGAUAUGUGGACUUUAAUAUUUGAAGGCGUAAAAAUGUUGUAAGUCAUCAAUAAACCACUGAGUGUUUUUUUUUU